AGGUUCACCAGACGCUCUCUCUAGACCUAACAGAAGUCCUGAAUGCAGUCAUCUUCAGGAAGAAGCAGCCGAUCCUGCUGUUAGGCACCAACGCGUGGGGUAGGGGGGACAGAAACCCUGACACACGCUAAUAAGCGGCUCCCUGUCUAGUGAGCAUCAUGCAGUUCCUGAGAGCUGUCCUGCGACAGAACUUCUCCUCCUCUCUGCUGGUGAUUGUUGGCCAAAACUCAGCCCAAGGUGCUACGCAGCCACAGCCAUCGUCGCUGCAGGAUGCUGCGUUGCACCCGCUCUCCACGCAGCAGGUCUUCUCGAUUGUUGUCAGUCUGCAGAACCUUUUGGUGCAUGUCCAGUUGCAGAAACACUUGCUGCUCUCUCAAGCUGUGGUUGCCUGCCUGGAAACCUUAGUGGAAUACCUCUAUGUGAAGAACCAGGAUGUUGCUCUACACGUUGCUUCACAGCCCUGGCACCGAUUCCUGCUCUUCACGCUACUCAAUGGGGGCCAGAAAUCCUUUCUGCAGCCAGAAGUUCUCAGGCUGAUGACUUUGUUUCUGAGGUAUCAAAGCAGCAAUAUUAUUUCUCAAAAAGAAAUUAGCCAGAUUCUGCAGGAGGCAACAGAAGCCAACUUAGCAGAGCUGCCUGAGGCCACGUCUCGUGCUCUUCACCUCUUCCUUUGUCAGGUUCAGAGCAGUGGUUGCCAGGUGGAGCCGGUGCAGCCAGGGACCGUUCAGACCUUGCUGGAGCGUCUCCUGGGACAGAGGAGCCCUUGUGUCAAACAUCAGGACGUUGUGUAUCCUUUGCUGGGCAGAUGCCUUUGCGCCAGGGUGCCCGCGAAGUCGUGGAGACCCAGAGAUGAGCACUUUGAAAGUACAGCGAGCGUUCGGCAGCUGCUGAGUGGAGUUACCGAACUGCGUUCUGCCUGGCCUUAG